GAUUAUUGAUCACUCGAUAUUUUGAAAAAUGGCGCUUGUAUCUAAGAAAGAGAAAUAUUAUUUAUUUAAUGGACUUGUUUGUUUAGUACAGAGUUUAGAAGGAAAAUAUACAACAGUAGACCUGAGGAAUGAAUCAUGUGUAACGGGACAAAUUGACCAAGUUGAUGGGUUUAUGAACAUUGUGAUGUCAGAAGCAAUUUUUAUUGACACAAGGGGAGCUGAACAUCAAUUUAAUUCAUUCUUCAUUCAUGCCAGAAACAUCCGCUAUGUACACAUUCCUGAUGAGCUCCCAAUUGUGCCAACUAUUAAGAAUCACCUUAAGAAAAUGAGCCACAGACCUCGCAGAGUUGAACUAGAUCCGAAGAAGAAUUGGAAGGCAAAGAGAUGUAUACAAAAGCAGCAGGAGACUUUGAAGGAAGUUCAGCGUUUGAAAAAAGGAAAGAAUAUAGAACAAAGUGAAAGUAAACAAUAAGCUUUAUUCUCUUUAAAUGCAUAAUGUAAAAUUAUGUAAUAAGUACAUCAGUCACAUUUGAUAAAAAAGAGUUUAAUAUAUACAGGAUAGUUGCUUGUGAUUCACGUGUGCAGUAGCGUUAGGAACAAACAACUUGAUAAGUUGGGCUGGUUUUUCUUUGUCAUGAACACACAUUAUGCUGUACAGCAGAUAUUUUGUUUAAAGGCACAUAUAAUGUUACUUAUGAAAAGA